CAAAGUCUCGCGUUGAAGGCUGAAGUCUCGCAUCAGGUUUUGAACUGCGUAGCGACAGACAGGGCAUCUUGCGUUGAGAGGAGGAACACAAACCUCAACAUGGAAGAUGUUAUACUUCUCGAUGAGGAGCCAAAGCAAGAAGAGUCUACUGCAUCCGUCCACUCCGAACCCGAGGAGACGUCUGUAGACACACCUAACGGCGUGAAGACGGAUGCUGAAGAAACUAAGCCCCCCAAAGAAAAGCAUGAUGCUAAAGAGAAGUCCUCCGGGAGCAGAAGAGGAAGCCGCUUCCAUCCCUAUAAAGAAAAACAUGUUGGAGAAAAGAAGGGUUCUCAUAGGAACCGGGUGUUCAUCAGCAAUAUCCCCUAUGAUAUGAAGUGGCAGGCCAUUAAAGAUCUAAUGCGUGAGAAAGUUGGUGAGGUUACAUACGUGGAGCUCUUUAAGGAUGGAGAAGGAAAGUCAAGGGGUUGUGGUGUGGUGGAGUUCAAAGAUGAGGAGUUUGUGAAGAAAGCGAUAGAAACCAUGAAUAAGCAUGACCUGAGUGGAAGGCCUCUCAACAUCAAGGAGGACCCUGAUGGGGAGCAUGCUCGGCGUGUGCUGCAGCGCAUGGGCGGAGGUCAGCAGGGAGUUCGUGGGCAGGACAUGGGGCCUGGUGGGAUGAACAUCCCACACUCCAUCGCCAACAACCCCAACAUCCCACCUGAGGUCAUCCAUGCACUGCAGGCUGGACGACUGGGCACCACAGUGUUUGUGGCCAAUCUGGAUUUCAAGGUGGGCUGGAAGAAGUUGAAGGAGGUGUUUGGCAUGGCAGGUGUGGUGAAACGAGCAGAUGUAAAGGAGGAUAAAGACGGCAAGAGCCGCGGGAUGGGAACAGUGACAUUUGAGCAGUCCCUGGAGGCGGUGCAGGCCAUAUCCAUGUUCAAUGGACAGAUGCUAUUUGACAGACAGAUGCACGUUAAAAUAGAUGAGAAAUCUGUUCCUCCUGAGGAUUUCCGUCAAGUAGAGAAAUCACCUCAGUUACCACGGGGUCUAGGUGGUAUUGGCAUGGGACUGGGGCCAGGAGGGCAGCCUAUAAAUGCCAACCGUCUGAGCAGUGGAGGAGGAGGAGGAGGAGGAGCAGCGGGAGGAGCAGGAGGAGGAGGAGGCAGCAUGGGCUCCAUGGGGCCUGGAGGUAUGGAUUCUCAAGGUUACGGUGGAAUGAACAGACUUGGAGGAGUGCUGCUUUUGACAGGAAUGAGUGGUGGCGGGGGCUUUGGAGGCAUGGACAGCAUGGGCAACAUGGGUGGCUUUGGAGGGAGAGACAUGGCGCAAGGUGGGAGGAUGGGAGAUAUGUACCGGUCAGGAAUGGGCGGGAUGGACCGUGACUUUGGCCACAGUGACAUGCAAAUGAAUCGAGGAUUUGGUGAUUCUUUUGGAGGAAUGGGUGGAGGCUUUGGAGGAGGCAUGGGCAGUGGUGGCAUGGGGCACAUGGGGACUGGAAUAGGUGGUGGAAUGGGCAACAUGUCGAUGGACAGGAUGGGCUCCAGCUUUGACCGCAUGGGCAUGUCAGGGAUGGACAUGAACCGUGGCUUCGGUGGCUACGGAGGUGGGGGGGGGCACAUGGGUGGAGGAAUGUCUGACCGGGGCUCCGGGUCCAAAGGAGGCUGUCAGAUCUUUGUGAGAAAUCUGUCCUAUGAUCUGACAUGGCAAAAGCUGAAAGAGAAGUUCGGUCUCUGCGGCCAGGUGAUGUUCGCAGAGAUCAAGAUGGAGAACGGGAAGUCAAAGGGCUGUGGAACAGUGAGGUUCGACUCUCCCGAGAGUGCCGAGAAGGCCUGCAGGAUGAUGAAUGGAACCAAGAUCAACGGCCGAGAGGUGGACGUCCGUAUCGAUCGGAACGCCUAGAGUUUUUGUAGAAGUCGCGCUAACACAUUUCCACAUUCAGCCCUCUUGCCAAUGAUCUUUUGUUUUGUUUUAAAAACACAAUUACUUCAUAUCAUGAGUCCAUUGUUAUUUCUUUUGUUCAUAUAUACUACAUAGCUCUUUUGUUUUGUAAACCCUUUUUAAUUUGUCAGGCAGUUUAUUUGGACAAAUAAACUUUUUAAUUUUUAAACCUG